ACAAUCAAUCUCACUCUGAAGUUCCUGACAACAAGAAUAUGAAUCUAUCUUCGCAACAAUUUCAAAUCAAACACGAAGUAUCAGAGAGACAUGGUCAUUCUUACAUCAAUGGUUAUUCACAACACCAGGAAAACGCAGACUUUCGAGUUCUGGUUCCAGCAGAUCCGCUACUUUGGAAUACCGUACAUGUUGUACGUUGGAUUGAAUGGAUGGCAAAAGAAUACGGACUCCAUCAUAUCGACUUGAAGAAAUUUGAAGAAAUUAACGGCCCAAAUCUCUGUAGAAUGUCAGUAGAAGAACUCACUAAAUAUACAACGAGAUAUAAUAGCGAAGUUUUGGUUCAACAUAUCAAAUUUUUAAAACAAGCCGCCAUUCAGCGAUUGAGCGCUCUUAGAUCAGAGAAAUAUUCAGACGGGAAUUCUUCUUUGACUUUCGAAGAUUAUCGUGCGAUAUACAGAGGCGGUGAUAACACAGGGGAAAAGUUUAAUCUUGAAGGAGGCGGUCAAAUCCAACUUUGGCAAUUUCUUCUUGAACUUUUGAGCGAACCUACAAAUGCAAUUUGCAUCACGUGGGAAGGAACAGGAGGAGAAUUUAAAAUGGUUGAUCCUGAUGAAGUAGCAAGAAGAUGGGGAGAAAGAAAAAAUAAACCGAACAUGAAUUAUGACAAAUUGAGCAGAGCACUCCGAUAUUACUACGACAAAAAUAUUAUGUCAAAAACACAUGGAAAAAGAUAUGCUUACAAGUUCAACUUUCCCGGUUUAGCGCAAGCAAUUCAAGCAACGUCGUCUUCAGAAAAAUAUGGAUAUUCAUACGCAUCGUCCAAGUUACCCAGCUACGCCGAAUCUGUGGGGGUUCAACCAGCUUCAAACUAUCAAGUUCAAAUACCAACAGCAGAAGCAAGUUCAGUCAUUCAUCAUCCAUCUCAAAUUAUAGAUCAAAGUAAUAAUCAGUGUUCUUCUUUGUAUCCGAACUAUUGGAAUUCUGGUUGUAAUUUUUCAACAAAUCAAGGAACUUUAAACAAUUAUUAUUCACCAUUCAAUUAUUUGCCACAAGACGCAGAUUCAAUUGUCCCGUAUACAAGUAAUAUUCAUAAUAUGAAUGUACCAUCAAUGAAUCCAAAAUUAAGUUAUGAACAUGGGAAUGUUACUACGGAACAAGGGUUUUCUGUUUCUCGAGAACAAUCACACGUUAAUGCCCAAUCAAACGCCCACUUUACCCGCGAAAUGUACUCCCAAAACACCGAUCGUUGGAACGCAUACAGUCAACAUCCUGUACCAUCGCCACAGACAAUUAUUUCGAGCAUAUAA